GAGAGGGGGGACGCUGUGGUCAUAGUGAGGCUGAGUAUAAAUUGGACAGGCAGUAGGUUACAGAAGCACACAGUCACAGACAGUCAGGAUGAAGGUUCACCUGUUGUGGUCGACUGUUGUUCUUCUCUCUUCUCCGCUCCUCACAUUAUGUGACCCACUAUUCGUUGUGUCGGCUCCUAAUUUGCUGAGGGUUGGUUCCACAGAGAACGUGUUCGUGGAAGCUCAGGAUUAUAAUGGAGGAGACCUGAUAGUGAGGAUCUUGGUGAAGAACCACCCGCGCAAAAAUUUGGAAUUUGUUUCAGAAUCGGUGACACUGACAGCGGCCAACAAAUACCAGUUGGUUGCAAAGAUAAAGAUUCCCGAUGAUAAAAACUACUUCAUUGAUGAUCCUCUGGAGAAGCAGUAUGUGUAUUUACAGGCUGUAUUUCCGUCUAAAACCCUGGAGAAAGUGGUCAUGGUGUCAUUUCAGUCGGGAUAUAUAUUUGUACAAACAGACAAACCCAUCUACACACCUGCUAGCACAGUUCAGUACCGGGUUUUCUCUCUGACUCCAAACCUUCAUCCACACAGUCAGUCUGGAGUCUCAGUGGAUAUCAUGAAUCCACAAGGCAUCACGGUUUUAUCAGAGAAGGUUUUUCCAAGUCAAGGAAUGAAAUCUGGAAAGUACAAUAUUCCUGAGGUUGCCAGUCCUGGGAUCUGGAAGGUGGUCACACGGUACGCAAACACCCCGCAGACGACGUUCACUUCAGACUUUGAGGUCAAAGAAUAUGUGCUUCCAACUUUUGAAGUCAUAUUAACCCCCAGCAAGUCCUUCUUUCAUGUUGAUGAUAAGUCUCUAACAGUCGACAUCACUGCCGAGUAUCUGUUUGGGAAGAAGGUUGAGGGACAAGCGUUUGUGGUGUUUGGUGUGAUGGAUGGUGAGAGUAAAACAAGUAUCGCCGCCUCUCUACAAAGAAUCACAAUAGAAGAAGGAAAGGGUUCAGCUGAACUGACCAGGGACAUGAUCAUUCAGACCUUUCCAAACAUCCUCCAGCUGGUUGGGAAAUCACUCUUUGUUUCAGUCAGUGUUUUAACAGAGACCGGCAGUGAAAUGGUGGAAGCACAAAAGAGAGGCCUUCAGAUUGUGACGUCACCGUACACCAUCCACUUCAAGAGAACACCUCAAUUCUUCAAACCUGGAAUGCCCUUUGACGUCUCGGUUUAUGUGACAAAUCCUGACCAGACGCCUGCUAAAAAUGUGGCAGUUGAGGUCAACCCUGGAGGGGUCAGAGGUCAAACAAGAGCCAAUGGCAUUGCAAAGGUCACCGUCAAUUCUCAGGGAGAUUCUCCAUCACUGCAGAUCGACGCAAAGACCAUAGAUCCACGAUUACAAGAUGAACAGCAGGCAGUGAAGACGAUGAAAGCUCAAGCGUACGUUCCCAAAAGCAACUCCCAAAACUACCUGCACGUCGGCAUUGAUGCUGCCGAGCUCGAGAUCGGUGAUCAGAUGAAAGUCAAUCUGAACACAGGAAAAAGUCCAGGAGCCAAAGAUCAAGAUUACACGUACAUGAUCAUCAGUAAAGGGCAGAUCGUGAUGGUGGACAGGUAUAAGAGAAGAGGACAGUCUUUAGUCACUCUCUCUCUACCUGUGACUAAAGACAUGGUGCCAUCUUUCCGCUUCGUGGCAUAUUAUCAUGUGGGAUCAGAUGAAGUUGUGUCUGACUCCGUCUGGGUUGAUGUGAAGGACACGUGCACGGGAACGCUCAGUCUUGAGGUAAAGAACAAGGCCAACACUUAUAGUCCGGGUGACGGGUUCAGCUUGAAAAUAACUGGAGAUCCUGGAGCUAAAGUUGGGCUGGUGGUGGUUGACAAGGCUGUGCAAGUCCUCAACAAGAACAGACUCACACAGUCGAAGAUUUGGGACGUGAUUGAGAAACAUGACACAGGUUGUACAGCGGGCAGUGGAAGAGACAGUAUGGGGGUUUUCUAUGACGCUGGUCUGAUGUUUGAUUCCAGUACCGCUGAAGGAACCAAAACCAGAACAAGUACUUUAUGUUUCAGUUCUUUGAAAAUUUGUAAGUUGUGUGUAAAAUAUUAUAAGUCUAUUUUGGCGAUCACUGGAGAUCGCAGGAACUUUUCUCAGCCCCCUAUAGUUGUAUGUUUGUGUGGCUUGUUCGAGUCCCAUUGUUUAUUGAGUUCUUAUGCAUUGUUACGAUAUGUCAAUAUGUUAUUUUUAUUUGAUUCUCCUCUAGUGCCUGAGUGUCCUGCCCCGCCACAGAGAAGACGGAGAGCUGAUACUAUUAUGCAGGUCACCACCAGACUGGCUGAUAAAUACUCUGGCAAUCUGAAGAAGUGCUGUGAUGAUGGAAUGAGAGAAAAUAAACUCGGCUACACCUGUAAACGUAGAGCCACGUACAUUGAAGACGGACAGGAAUGUGUCGCGGCCUUCUUAGACUGCUGUAACGUGAUGACAUCCAACAGAGAUCAGGCUGAUCGAGAGGCAGAGAUGGUUCUGGCUCGCAGUGACGAUGACGAUGACUACCCAGACUCUGAAGAUAUUGUGUCACGGACACAGUUCCCUGAGAGCUGGCUUUGGGAGGAGGUGACUGUUCCUCAAUGCAAAGAUAAAACCUGCGUACUAUUAAAAAACAACAUCUACCUGAAGGAAUCCAUCACAACCUGGCAAAUCUUAGCCAUCAGCUUGUCAGAAACAAACGGUAUCUGUGUGGUGGAUCCUCUGGAGAUGGUGGUUUUCAAGAAUUUUUUCGUCGACCUCAAGAUGCCGUACUCGGCCGUACGCAACGAGCAGCUGGAAAUCAAAGCCAUCGUUCACAAUUACACCCCAAGGAAGAUGAAGGUGCGUGUGGAGUUUAUGGAGACAGAACACAUUUGCAGCGCUGCCAGUAAUAAGCGUAAAUACAGAACAAUUGUAGAAGUCGAGGGCUCUUCUAGCAGAUCUGUUCCAUACGUGAUCAUUCCCAUGGAGUUGGGUGAACAUGAGAUUGAGGUGAAGGCUGCGGCGCCUGAUUUUAUCACCCCUGAUGGAGUGAAGAAGACCCUGAAAGUGGUGUCUGAAGGUGUCCUGGUAGAGUUGAUGUCAAAAAUUGUGGAGCUUAAUCCGGCGAAUAAGGGUGGAGAACAACUUGAAGUUAUAAGAACUUCUGCUCCACAUGAUCAGGUUCCUGGAACAGCUGCCAGCACUCUCAUCUCGUUAACCGGUGAGGAGACGACUCAAACGGUUGAGCAGGCCAUCAGUGGAGAUUUCAUGGGUCGACUCAUAGUACAGCCCAGCGGGUGUGGAGAGCAAGUUAUGAUCUACAUGACUCUACCUCUCAUUGCCACUCAUUAUCUGGACAGCACCAAUCAGUGGGAGGCUGUCGGCAUGGACCGUCGAACUGAAGCCAUCAACCAUAUAGCCACAGGUUAUCAAAGGCAGCUGGCCUACCGUAAAGCUGAUGGGUCCUACGCUGCCUGGAUUGAUAGACAGAGCAGCACCUGGUUGACCGCAUACGUGGCCAAAAUCUUUGCUCUGGCCAAUAACCUCAUUACUGUAGAAGAAAAUGUGCUCUGCAGCGCCCUCAAGUGGCUGGUUCUCAACAAACAACUGCCAGACGGAUCUUUUAAAGAGGAUGCACCUGUAGUUCAUGGGGAGAUGGUUGGUGAUGUUCGGGGCAAAGAUUCUGAAGCUUCUCUGACUGCAUUUGUUUUAAUCGCCAUGCAAGAAGGCAGCCAAAUCUGUGCCAAAUCAGUUGGUAGUCUUCAUGAAAGUAUGAAAAAGGCUGUUAGUUAUUUGGAAGGUAAACUUCACAAACUGACAAAUCCUUACUCUGUCGCUAUGACGUCCUACGCCAUGGCCAACGUGGAGCAGCUAAACAAUGAUGUGUUGAUGAAGCACUCCACUAAACAGGAAGCUGGAACUGCUUGGAUCGUCCCGGGUCAACAUCAUCAUUCUCUAGAGGCCACAGCCUAUGCCGUGCUGGCACUCGUCAAAGCAAAAGAAUACGACAAAGCUGGAGAAGCCGUGCACUGGCUGGCCAAACAACAAUCUCACUAUGGCGGUUCUGGCACAACACAGGCGACCAUCAUGGUGUUCCAGGCGGUGGCUGCAUACCGCACACAGGUGAGGAAAGAGCAAAACUUCGAUCUGGACGUGGAAGUGUCUGUGUCUGGAAGAAGCAAACCAAUCAGAUGGACUCUCAAAAAAGCUAACGUGCAUGUUACACGCUCAGACAAGUUUGAUCUCAAUAAGAACUUUAACGUGACGGCUAAAGGAACUGGAACAGCCGCUCUCUCAGUGCUCAUGCUUUAUUAUGCCAAACCUGUGGACAAGAUUUCUGACUGUAAACACUUUGAACUGGAACUUAAAUUUGAAAGAGAAAGUUCCGUGAGUUAUCCAGGGGCCGAAGAAAGUUACAAGCUCACAAUGGACUUUUUCUACAAAAGUGAAACAAGAGACGCCACCAUGAGUAUUCUGGAUGUGGGUUUACUGACAGGAUUUAAAGUGGAUGAAAGAGAUCUCACAGAGUUGACCAUGGGCAGAGACAGAGCCAUUCAGAAAUUUGAGAUGGACAAGGAGCUCUCGGAUCGAGGGUCACUCAUCCUCUACGUCAAUAAGGUUUCUCAUGCUGAAAGAGAUAGAGUCGUCUUCAGAAUACACAAGGUUAAUAAAGUGGGUUUGCUUCAACCGGCUGCAGUCACCGUGUAUGAAUAUUAUUCACCAGACGCACGCUGCACAAAGUACUAUCACCCUGAUAAAGAAGACGGCGCUCUGAGCAGAUUAUGUCAUGGAGAUUUGUGUCAGUGUGCUGAAGAAAACUGCAGUUUGCAGAGGAAAACAAAAGUCAGCGACGAAGUUCGUUUUGAUAAGGCUUGUGAAGCCGGCAUGGAUUAUGUUUAUAAAGUCAAAGUGGUGGACAUGAAGUUGACAAAACAUUCAGACAUCUAUAAUAUGAAGGUGGAGCAGGUCCUAAAGGAAGGCACCGAUAAUGCUGUGGAGGGAAAGAUAAGGGAGUUUCUGGCUCAUCCCAAUUGCAGAACUGCUUUGGGAAUCGAAAAAGACAAGAUCUAUCUCAUCAUGGGCAAAUCCACUGACCUGCCGAACCUCGACGCGAGACUGCAGUACAUCUUGGGUGAGCAGACGUGGAUCGAGUACUGGCCCACAAGAGAGGAGAGCCAAACUCCAGAACACAGGGAGAGAUAUACCGGCCUCUCUACACUCGAAAGGAAGCUCUUGAAAGAGGGAUGCUCCACAUGAUUAAUCAAAGAAAGUGAAAUACAACAUCCACAUUCAACAGUUCAACAUCUUUUGCAUACUCAAAAUAUAUAACCUUGAUGAUGGACGAAAACUUGGAUUUUCAUGUUCUCCACAUUUCAUAAUUUUUAGUCAUUUUAGUAAAAUCUUUACUAAUACUUCAUGUUUGUCCGUGGGUUUUACAGUUGUUUAACCAAUAACAGGUAUUAAAAAUAGAUUUUCAACUCACAAGAUGUUUAGUUAAUAAAAAAGAACCAAAAAGCAGAUUUGCAGAUAUGAGGUUCAGCAAGAACAUUUUUGAGAAUAUUGUUUAAAUUGUCACUAAACUUUACUUUGUUUUAAUUGCAAAAUAAAGGUUCUAUUAAUAGAA